AUGUCUGAUUUUAAGAUGGUUGAGAACCGCAAGUACAACGACGAGGAAAUCAAAUACGUUAUAUCUCGGACCCAGGCCAAUUGGCCCGCCGAAAUCAUUGCAAAAGCCUUCAAGCGGGAUCACGGUGAAUACUGGGCCAACCGAGAGUUCACCAAGAAGCAGGUGGCCUACAUUCGAUCCACCUACAAGCCUGCGCCGGGUAUGGUCAAGCCGUACACAGGCCCCAUCCCUCAGUUCUCGAGAUCCCCAACGCCGGAAGACAGUCCUGAUAUGGCCGCCCCCAGACGCAGCAAGCGCAAGCAAGCAGCCGCGACCGCCCACCAUGGCUCCUCGAGCACCCAAGCCCCCGUCUCCGAGCGAGCUAGCAGCCCCGUUGCCGGACCGUCACGCAAGCGCCAGAAGAUACAGCCCAUGACAGACACUACUACUCAUCAUGGGGAAGCCUCCGUCUCCGAGCGUGCUAGCAGCCCCGUUGCCGGACCAUCACGCACGCGCCAGGAGACACAGCCCAUGACAGACACUACUACUCAUCAUGGGGAAGCCUCCGUCUCCGAGCGUGCUAGCAGCCCCGUUGCCGGACCAUCACGCACGCGCCAGGAGACACAGCCCCCGGGAGACACUCCUACUCAUCAUGGGAGUUUCAUUCAGGGCCAGAGCCUGACAUCUGGUUUUCUGAGUGGUCCCUUGGUCAGUACAGACGAUGUGCCGAGAGACGGGAUCCCGGAGGAGCCUUUUGAUGUCGACGCGAACGCUAACGAUCUCUUCGCCGGGAUGAACUAUCAUGCGUUGGAAUCGAACCCGGCGUCGAGACAACUUAGCCUCAAUCCCAGCAAUCCCGGAAUGAUGGGCCCCGGCACCAGCCCUGCCCAGGGCUCGAGCAUCCCGCAUAUACGCCGUCUGAUUCCGGAUUUUCCCCUCCAGGAUUUCCCCCUCCAGUCCAUCGAGAGACACCAGUCCAUCGCCACGGGUGCCGGCACGAAUGUCACCAACUCGGCUUUCCCGACGCCGCAGCAGCAACAAGAUUCGCAGCUUGGCAUGUCCGACCCCCAGCCCCUGAUUCCCCCAGGGUGUACGGCGGCGAAGGCGAUGGCGCACGACAGCUACGGCGUGUACUACUACGACCCGCACGACACAUGCCUCAUUCGGAAGGGCCACCGGCACGACAUGGAUGGCGGUGUGCACUUCACCAACGAGUUUGGAGUGAUGCAGAGCCUACUGGCCAUGCAGCGCAUCGAGGGCCACGGCUUCCUGCUGGGCGCCGCCACGACCGCCCAGUCGAUCCUGAACCUGGGCAGGAUGCACCUCGCCAAUGGCAGCGCUUAUAUCGACGUCAGGGACAUCAUGCGCCAGGCUGCCCUCAUCGUUCACGACAACGUUCCUGAGGUCCUGGACCGCGAGCGCUUUCAGGUCCCCGAAGUCGAGGACAUUCGGCGGCUGUCAGAGACGAACAGCCGCCUGCCCAGCGGUUAUUCCUACGAUCCAUUCCAUCGCCGCAUCGUUCCGUAUGACAUACCGGGUCUCUCAGGAACCCAGGGUGGUGGGCAAGGAGGAGGUGCUGCUGGAAGCAGCAGGCCCUCCCGUCAGGGCAGCGGCCCUCCAGGUGCGGGAACUUCCUAG